AUGCCCAGGAAGGAGCUGGGGAUGGCUGGCUGCAACUCUGGCAGCUGUGACAGCAUGGUCAGCACCACCUCCAACCACUCCCAGCGGAGUGACAACAGCUAUGACUAUUUAUCUGUGGAAGAGAAGGAGUGUUUGAUGUUCCUGGAGGAAACCAUUGGCUCUCUGGAUGCAGAGGGGGACAGUGGGGUGUCCACGGAUGACACCGACUACGGGGAGCCCUCCAAGCCCAGGAGAGGCCCUGUGCCCCGGGAUUUGGGGAACAAGACUCCCCCUGCAAGCAGAGCCCAGCAGCAUGGGGCUGAACAGAGGAGUGGCAAAAUCAUCCCUGCCCCUUCCAGCUCAGCCCCAGCAGCUGCUCCAGGCCCAAGGAACAUCCCUGCAGCAAAUGGAGCUUCUGGCAGACAAGGAGGUGUCCCCACGGUGCCAGCAGGAAAACCAGCCCAGGAGGUGCUCAAGGAGGGCAGGCUGGACCUAGGAAGCCACACCAAGUCCGUGAUUAUCCAACCUCCAGACCCCUUCCAGGAUGAGCUGGAGUGGUCACGCAGCCAGCGCUCAGAUGCCAAGGGGGAGGCACCCAAGGAGACCAAGACUUGGACUUCAUGGGGCCACCUGGAGAAAUCCACACUGGAGGAGGCCCCUCAGGACCCCGAUGCCAAACGUGGGCCUCCGACCGCCCCCAAACCGCGGAAAUUGCCACCAAACAUCAUCCUGAAAACCAGCAGGAGCAGCCCCGUGCCGGAGCAUAACCAGAAGGUAAAAACAGCACCUCCACCCUCAGCCACCUGCCAGGCCAGCCCUGCCAGCGACAGCACUGCUGAGAAGGGCAAUCCAGGCCACCUCGACCCCAAGGAGAAGGAGAAAGCCCGAAGGGAGGCCCUGGAGAAGCUGGGACUGUCCCAGGACAGGCGGGAGCCCAGCGCCCACCUCCAUCCCCAGCCCAGGGAGGCACCACAGCCUGGCACAGGGAUCCGCCAGAUCCCCUUCAAAUCCAACACGCUGGAGCGCUCUGGGGUGGGGCUGGGCAGCUCCAUGGGCGGCCCCAAGGAGCAGAACGGGCGCGGCAGCAGCAGCUCCCUGGGCAAGAUGUCCUUCAUCGAGCGCCUGGCGCCCAGCUUCCUCCGCAGCCGGCCCCGGCCCGCCUCCCUCGGGGCUGGGAAGGACUUUGGGGGCCCCAAGGAGCAGGAGGAGAAGGACAAGAGCAGCAAGAGGAGGUCCCACCCUCUGCCCAGCUUCCCCAGGCCGCCGCGCUCCGCUGUCAGCGUGAAGAUCUCGCCCAAAGGCGCGGCCGACGAGAACCGGCGCGAGGCGCUCAAGAAGUUGGGGCUGCUCAAGGAGUAG